AUGUCAGUAUCUUGGGAAGUCACCUCCUUCGCCGUGCAGACUACCACGGUCGAUCAGGUAGCCGACCGGCUCUUUGCCAAUGGCAAUAUGCAAGUUCCUGUGAUAGUCACUCUCAAUGCUAUAAAUCCGACAACAGGGGUCACCCAUCGGUUGACCGACACCGAGCUCCAGAAGAUCCAGUUGAUUGACUAUCAUUCUGGGGCUGUACUCAUGGGUACCUGGUUUUAUUCUUUGACCCCAAAUGACUUCGCCCACACGCUGGCCGGCACAAAUGACCCCGUCGAACCCACUUCGGAUGCACCUCAAUCCAUCAGGUUAUAUGUUUCAUCUACCAGAAUCGAGAACAGAGUCAUUGGCGCACGUAUCACUCAGCCCAAUGACACCGUGGUGACCACCAAUAGCACCAUCUUCAACUCCUUCGUCACUCUGACGGCAAUCCAACCAGUAUUUUAUGACACCAAUAACAUCACGUUGGGAGACAAGCAGAAAGUAGCCACGGGAAACUGGAUUUUUACCUCGGCGAUAAACGGUAAUGCUACAGAUUUCGACAGAGACUGGCGGCAGGAGAACUACUAUGUCACAUCGAACGUACAUCCGAUCUUGAAAGCCGAUCUACACGACUAUAGGAUCAAUGAAACCUGGACCAGCGACCCCUUGAACAACUCCUUUUCCUUGCAGUUUAACAGGCACGACCUCAACAUCUUCUACUUUUGGAACCUCGGACCGGAGACUUCGAGGCAGGUAGGAUUAAAGCAUAUCCUCGAGGAUUUUGGUUCCGGGCAAAGAUUUGAUCCUUUCAUCAUCUCUACGAGCACGAAAAACGCAAUAGCCGAUGUCCAAGUCAAUCAGCAACGGAAUGCAUUUUGCCUCACUCACAUGACCUUCUUUCAUAAUAACUACUGGCAAAUGACGCCCUGGUCCCAAGACGCAUGGGUCCGCCUGUACGAUACAUUUGGAAAUUACGGCGAUUUCUACGUCAAGGUCAGGGAGAACCCGGUUGGCACGGAUGAGGACAAGUCCAUAGAAUAUAGCCUCUGCCUUCAAAACAAGAACACAGCGAACUUGACUGAGCCUGUCUUGUUUGAUCCCGCGGCCAAGCUGUGA